AUGUCGUCCGAAGAGCAGCCCUCGUCCUCGGACGAAGCCGCGCAUGCAGUGAAGUCGCGCUCGAAGAAGCGUCGCGUGCAGACCGUGCGUGCGUGCGAGCGGUGCCGAGCCAAGAAGACACGAUGUGAUGGUGUACCCGGCGGAGGUCCAUGCUCGCAAUGUAUUGCUGCAGAGGCUGAGUGUGUCUUCUCCGACAAGCCCAAGCGACGGCGCGACAAAGCGUACAUCGAAGGUCUAGAAUCGCGACUGGAAAGGCUGCAGCUCCUCCUUACACGCUUGCAUCCCGAUGAAGAUUUCAGCAAAGAAUUGGAUGGCGACGAACACGUUCCUCAGCCUCAGGCCGGCCCUGGUACCAGCACUGGUACCAAUCAGACUGUCGCCAAUGAACUUGGUGUCAAUCGCGCUACCGCCUACUACGAGCCUGUACCUUAUAUCACCGACAAUAAGGGCAAGCGUCCCGAAAACCAUCUAGGCGCUAUCUUCAAACCUGCUACCAGCCCCGAUGUAGAUGACGACGAGCCUUUCACAACGCGCUGGCCAGCAGAUGUCGUGGAUGCGAUGAGGCAAAACCAUGUUGCCAACCCGAUUGACCAUUACUACGGGCAAAGUAGCGGCGCGCGAUUGUUCAAUACCGCAUUGUUGGUGCGAUCUGAGCUCGAGGGCAGCGACCAGGAUGUCAUGAAGCGCAUCGCGGCUUCGACCAAACAUCGUCCUGAGUUCUGGAAGCCGCAUCCGUGGGAACUGCACCGAUUUCAACCACCCCAACAAACGUGUUUCGUGUUCCCUAAGCCGGACCUUUUUGCGCAUGUCGUUGACACUUACUUCAAUACCUCACACUUGAUCUGCCCCAUCUUGCAUCGCGGUUCAUUCGAGGCCGAUAUAGCGGCGGGGAAGCACCUCGUUGACGAAGCCUUCGGUUCCGUUGCACUACUCGUAUGUGCAACCGGCGCACGUCUAAGCGACGACCCUCGCGUGCUGCUCGACCACCCGGAACGUCCGGGACAUCUACACUCCGCUGGUUGGGCAUGGUACAGUCAAGUGCAGCUCGUACGCAACGCUGCCCUCGCUGCGCCUACAUUGUAUGACUUGCAAGCCGUCGCACUGUCGACAGUCUUCACGACCGGAGCGUCACCGGCCCGUUCGUCUUGGAUACUGACGAGCACUGGUAUCCGGAUGGCUAUGGAUAUGGGAAUUCAUAGGCAGCACAAAGCUGUGCGCAACACGCUUGAAGGGGAGCUCUGGAAACGUGCCUUCUGGGUGCUUGUAUUCCUCGACGUGUGGAACAGCUCCUUCCUGGGACGUCCCACGGCCAUAGCCCUUGACAGCUUUGACGUCGACUUCCCCACAGAUGUUGACGACAAAUAUUGGACAGCCGACGAUCCUGAGAAGGCAUUUGUGCAGCCGCCUGGGGAAUACUCGGGCGCUGCGUAUUUCGUCUGCAACCUGAAGCUGAACUUGAUUCAUGCCCAUGCUCUGCGAACCAUCUACUCCCCCGACAAGGAUCGCCUGAUCGCAAGAUUAGGACAGGAUGAAUGGGAGCGCCGCGUUGUGAUCGAGCUUGACUCCGCGUUAAACCGUUGGGCUGACUCUGUACCUGACUAUCUGAGAUGGGACGACGUUCUCCUAGAACCGGGUGUAGAAUCGAACAGGAACAAGGUUCUUCAGAGCUCUGUCCUGCACUUGAUGUACCAAUACACGCGGAUCACGAUUCACCGCCCAUUCAUCGCAUCACCACACGGCGAUUCCCCCCUCUCAUUACCCAGCUUGACUAUUUGCACGAGUGCUGCGCGCGCUGUAGUACACCUCAUGCAAGCCCAACGUCGCCUCCUUCCCAGCAUAGUCCUGAUGGUGCCUAUUAUCCCUUCCUUCCUGGCUGGCAUGGUGCUUCUGCUGCGCGUCUGGCUCGCGAAGCGGGCAGGCAUGCGAGUCGAUACGCUGGCAGACAUGAAGGAUGUUUUCGCUGUGACGGACUUCCUGAACGAUGCGGAGAUCAGAUGGCCCCUCGCAGGUCGGCUCAAGGAUCUGCUGCGAGCCUUGGCCAACGCAGGCGAUCUUCCGCUGCCGGCUUUACCUUCGACGAAGCGCCCUCGCCUCGAUGAUGUUGACCGAUACGAAGAGACAUCAUUGCCGACACUACAUAUGCCGCAGACGUCGGAACAGCAACUGGCGGCUCAAUACUCCGCGGGCAAUGCGACCAAUGGCACGGAGGAAUCAGCGAAACACGUACUCGAGAGAGUUGUCCCGACCACUUCCUCUGAGAUGUCCGUUUUCGGACCGCCUCUCGCUCGACGUGCGGAUGGGUUGUACGCCUUCGAUCCCGCAUCAACUGGGAUGACUACUAGUGCUGCUACGUAUGGGUUGGCUACGUCCAGCAGCUCCCAGCCAGCCCGACCCCAGUACCAGUCCAACCCUCCCACGCAAUCAGGAUACACAGCUGCCGGGUCGUACCCCAGCAUACCUCUGGAUCCUGGAGCAACUCUACCACCUGCGUCCUACGCGCCUUCCCAACCGUCCAGUUCCUAUCGUCCCACCCAGACGGGAACUUACCUUCCGCAAGACGAUUACUCUAGCUUCCUGUCCACCAUCGGCGCCAAUACAGGCUCGAUGCCUGGGCAAUCGACAAAUGCGGAUGAUUCGCAAUUCAUGAGCUUGCUCGGGCCCGCAAUGGCUCAGGACGCGCCUCAGAUGGCGUCUAUAUGGUCUUCAUUACCGGCAACCUUCCAGACGGAAGACUGGGACCGCUACGUGUCAAGCAUGGCAAGUUUUGCGGGCAAUGGGAACGGCAGCGGACAACAACAGACGAGCGCUUUCGGCCAGAGCCAGGAUGCCCGUCAGAACGGUGACAGAGCGUCGCAGUUCGGAUAUUCGUUCUAA